GUAAAAUUCCGCGCUUAGCAUGUGCCCAUGGGCAUGGGCACACACUAGAAAAACCGUUAUUAAAUAUUUGCUUUGAAUAUAAUUAGCAAAGAAAUGAAAGUAUGUGCAUGAAUAUUAUUGGAAUUGUCUGCCAUUAAUAAUCAUGAAAAAGAUUGGUGUUAAAUAUUUAAAAAAUGUGGAGGAUGAGUUAGAUGAGAAUAUUGGUGAAAAACAAUGGACUGCUGAUAUGUAUUAUGAUAAAUAUAUAAUUUGAUGAUGUAAAAAAAUGGGGUGGGACGACCAACUUGCCCACCUCUAGCUUCCUUGUUGGGCUUUUUAACGAUGGAGACAAGAUUGCAGCAGUGAGUGACUGUACGCAGAAGCAGGAAAUGACUAGUCGCAGUAGAAAUCACAGCAGGCUGAGUGGAGGGAGCCUCGUUUCCAUCCCGACGUUCUCUUCUUCUUCAAUCACUCAAAAACGAGCUUAUGCUCCCCCAUCCGUCGUUUCUACUGAUGAUGCAACUUGUGGCACACCAAUGUGGAUGGAGAAGGGUUUCGCUUGUGUUUGUUUCAAGCCCAAGGGAAGUUAUCGACGAAUGUGCAUCAAUUUGACACCUUCUCAGGAGGCGAGACUGAAAAGGUUGAAACAUAGGAUGAAAGUGAAUUAUGAGCCCUCUAGGUCCGAACAUCGGGAAGCUCUUAGAGCUCUAUGGUAUGCCGCGUUCCCAAGAAAGGAAUUACAUGAUUUGGUAUCUGAACAAUGGAAAGAGAUGGGAUGGCAAGGAAGAGACCCAUCAACUGAUUUCAGAGGGGCUGGAUUCAUAUCUUUGGAGAACCUGUUGUUUUUUGCCAAGACAUUUUCUACAUCUUUUCACAAUCUACUGAAGAAGCAAGGUGGCAAAAGAGCUACUUGGGAGUAUCCUUUUGCUGUUGCUGGUGUAAAUAUUACAUUCAUGAUCAUGCAAAUGCUUGAGCUGCAUAGUACAAAGCCUGCAUCUUUGGCUAGGUCAGUUUUCAUACAGAUGUUGUCAGAGAAUGAGUGGGCCUUUGACUUGCUCUACUGUGUGGCUUUUGUGGUCAUGGACAAACAGUGGCUGCAGAGAAAUGCAACCUAUAUGGAGUUCAAUGAUGUACUAAAGUAUACCCGCUCUCAGCUGGAAAAAGAACUGAUCAUGGAAGACGUGUUGCGAAUUGAGGACAUGCCUUCAUAUAGCUUUCUCUGUUAACAUCUAAGGAUUGGAGUUCUGUGUUGAUUUACUGAAACAUGGCUACUUUCUAGAGUAAAAUACAGACAGGCUUCAUCUUAGCCUCUCUUGUUUGACACUGAUCAUCUUCUAUGUGAAUGAUAUAUGAUUUCACGAUGAA